UCCAACAACCGAAAAACUCUUUAAUUUCCCGUAAUCAUCAUCUGAUUUAGGCUAGCACACGCCCUCUUCAAUCUUUCAUAAUAAAAAGAAACCUUAAAAAUACCCAAGUGAUUUUGUCGUACAAAUGCAACAACAACACGAUGACGAUCCUAACAAGGUCACGCGAUUUGAAGAGGAAGAGCUACAAAGUGCAAGAGCUUCAGUAGAAACACUGACUGCCAAUUUGGACAAUCUGAAUCAAAGAAAGGCUGAUGUUUUGAACAAUUUGGAACAAUUACGAGAAAAAAUCAAUAAAGAAGGCGAUGCUACUUAUACCGGGGUGCAGAAAUUAGUCCCUCUUUUGAAGUCACUAAAGGAUUUGGAAUCGCAAGAAUCUGUUUUGCAAUCUGAUUGCGAUGUGAAGAGAACUGAAUUGGAAGCUGAAGUGUGUAAUUUGGAGGAGAAAAUAGCUGCUGGGAUGGACAGUGAGGGUUUGUGUAAGGACUUAGAUUGUUUAUUGAGUGAUUCACUGGAGAAACUCAAUGCAGCAAAGAAGGAAUUAGCAGCUAGAUUGAGGGCAGUGAUGUCGGUAAAGCGGAAACUUGGUGAAGUGCCAACACAAUCCGAACUUAUCCAGUAUGAACGUGGGUUUUCAGAUGUGAAUGAUCAUAUCCAGGAAAAACAUCGACAAACCCGCAAAUAUUAUGCAACCUAUAAUACUCUUUUGGAGAUUAAAGAAUUGAUGCUAAAGGAAACUUCUUUAUUGAAUUCAAUAAGUUCACAGUUUCAGGAUGCCAUUACAACUACCAAUGGUUGCACAAAACUGAUUGCUUCCAUGGAAGGAAUUGUCAAGGGCAGCCAACAGAAGCUGCAAAAGGUCGAACUUGGGCUUCAAGAAGAGCAGAAGGUUUCUGAUGCUCUCAAGAAGAGGUAUGCUGCAGCCAUGGCAGAGCAAAGGCGCUGCUAUUCCCUCUUGAAGGCUUUUCAGGAAGAAUGUGCAAAGAAUGAGAGACUUCGGGGUCAGACUUCUGUUUAAAACGCCACUGCUGCCUCUCAUCUAUUGUCGAAACGUCCAAGUAUCAGCGCAUCACUAUUGACUCUUGAGCCGUGCCAUAACUCUUGCAGUGCUGAUCUCUUAGAUCAGAAGGAGAGCAUUAUUGCCAUUGAAAAUGUAGUUAAACAUUUUUUUUCCCUUGAUUUUCCUUUGGAGGUUAUAUUACUGUUCUCAUUUGUACUGUACCCCAUUUUUUGUUUUUGUUUCUAACACAAUCCGAAUAGGUUUUAUUAACCCACUGUCUUUUAGAUAA